GUGGCUUUUGUAGCCAGUGUUAACAUGGGUUCAUGGGGUGUACCUGAUGCGCAGGUUGUUGUUUUCGCUACCAGUGAUCCCAAUUUUCGUUCAGACUUCCGAUUCUCACAUGCCCUUUGGGAAACUUUAUUCGAAUUUGACGACAUGCUUGAAUGUCCGGAUUUUUUCAAACUGGGAGACGAAUACUAUUUGAAGGUGUCAACAAUGAUCAGUGGUCAGGACUACUGGGUGUAUGGUAACUAUACGAAGAAUUAUAUAGAUCAAACGAUCUUCCAAGAGGACUUUGAUCGCAGCCGGACAUACAUCGACUAUGGCAGAUGGUAUGCAUCCAAGCAGAAUUAUGAUCCCAUUCUCAAACGCACUAUUUUGUGGGGUUGGAUCCCUGAAGAGGACACGGAAGCAGCAAUGAAGACUCGUGGGUGGUCUGGUGCAAUGGACAUGCCU